AUGGAGGUGAGAGAUCACAAAUUACAAAGUGGAACCAAAGUGCAACCUGAACAUGAUGGUAGGGCUUCCGGUGUUAAGUGUCACCAGUCCUGUAUCGAUGCCUACAACGAGCUGAAGCUCCGCAAAAACCACCGUUAUAUUUUGUUCCACAUUCGGAAUAAUGAAGAGAUCCAGGUACUGCGGAAGGCCGAUAGAAAUGCUACAUAUGAGGAUUUUUAUCAGGACCUCAUUACUGCCAUGGAUGAAGGGGAGGGUCGUUAUGCUGUUUACGAUUAUGAAGUCCCAGGCAAACUUCCUACAUUGAUUUUCAUCUCGUGGAAUCCGUCACCACUUAGUAUCAAAACAAAGCUUAUUUACGCUGCAUCCAAAGAUGCCAUACGGCUAAAGUUAAUCGGGAUCAAGCACGAGGUUGAGGCAAAUGAUAUCGAUGAAAUCGCCGAGGAGGAGCUCCGUAAAAAAGUCGAGUAA